UAAAUCAUUGUGAGCCUGUCGGUGACAAAAAGAAGCAUUUUCAGUGGAAGUAACGUCUCAUUUGUUUUGGUUCCAGCCGAUCCCCUCAAUCCUGGACAAUGUUGACUCCUGCUACUCGUUAAAGGUGUUUUUUUAAAAUACAACAACGGCGUACUUUAAAAGCAAAAUCCAAACAAACGUGUUGAGCGUAUUCAGCUGUGCUCUCACAGUUGUGGACGGCUCGAAGACAUUCCUACUUCCAGAUCUCUUUCCCCCCCCCCCUCCAUCCCCCAAAUUCCUCACUUCUUCAUGCUGCAUAGAUUAUUCUGCUCAUACCUCAUCACUGCAAGGUUCUUCACAGGCGAGCUUUGGGCUUGUCAGGUGUGUGAGCGGGAAAAAAAAAAAGAGAGAGAAAAAGGUCAACGUUCUAUCGGUAAAUAGCCAGAUUGUUCCGUCUGUGGGAUCCUUUUAUUGAAAAACAUCCUCUUAGAGCCUUGGCCUGUAUAAAAACAGUAGAUCUAAUUUAUAAAACGCAAGACCUUCACUGCAUGUAUUUAAAUGUUAGAUCAUGUGAACAUGAUACAUAUAUAUAUAUAUUUAUAUGUGUGCGUUCAUAUGGUUUAUCUUUGUCACUAUAGAUUUAUUAUUCACCAUCUCCCUCCAUUUUGCUUAUUCUUUCUCCAUUUUUAUCAUUUGCCUUUUUUUCCACCGUUCUUUUUUUAAUCUUUUUUCCUCAGACAUUCCUUGGCCUCCAAGCGGUUGUUUUCCCCAGGAAUCUGAUCUGGCUCCCCAGCGAGCAUAGCCAUGUCGUGUUUGUGUUCCGAGUCAGGUCGAGGAGGUGUUACUGGGUUUUCGGAGACCCCACCCCUCUGACCUUUGAACCCCUGGCACCUGCCCUGCUGGUCUCCCCACGACUCUUCUAUUCUCACGACCGAGCCCUCGAACAUUUACACACAAUUUACAAUUCCUCCCAUCAGUUUCCAGCGGGCCGGAGAUGCUUAUUAAAGUUAAACCUCUUCCCCCUCUCCUGUUGGCGCUACAUGUGACGCAAGCAUAUUCGAAAUAACAUGGUGCAUGAAGAUUGAUGGGUGAUGUUGCUCUUCAGCAGCUGGCUGCACAUCCAGAUCCUCUUCUUGAGGUUUGGUCUUGGGAUCUGAGGAACUAUUGUUACCCAAUUAAAAUAGAGAAGUAGCUCUGCCCCGCUGCGUCCUUGUAUCGAGAACACCUGUUGACAAUUUAAGCCGGCCAGCCCUUUAGCUUCGUCUCUCAGAUGAUAAAUCAACUCUGCUGUAAAAAAAAACUCCCUGCAAAAAAAAAAAAAAAAGCUCCUGCUGAUUCCUCGCUUGACAUUUUUCCCGGUGAGCUCAAGAAAUGCAUGGUAGUCCAUUUUGUCAAGAGAUAUUAUUAUAACUUGCUGUUUUAAAAAAAUCAAAUGUUUUUAACAAGGAGCACAUGGUUACAAGCGUGUCAUUGUUUCUGUUCGUGUCGUUGCCCCACAUGGAGUUAUUGUAUUCUUACAACACUCUAGACAAAAGAAAGUUAGAGAUAGUGGUUGUAAUUGCAAUGUUUCUAAGCAAAAGCAACAAACCCCACAUGUUGGUAUUUUAUGAGAUUUGUCAGGCUCUGAAAAGGAUUACGGACGCAAGCAGAGGAUCACAAAUGGCAGCGUGAAACUGAUUCCAAGAAGAGGGAAGUCUGGAGAGUUCAAAUGUGUUUUGAGGACCACAGAGUUCCCAAAACAUGAGAUUAAAGACACGGCGACGCCAAACAACCAAACCCCGGGAGACCGCAGCUUUUAUCGCCUUCCAGUGUUUUUGUGGGAAUCACAGAUGCUCUGUGACACCUCCAGCCCUCAAGUUUUAUUUCUCACUGGGAGGUAGUCAAAUCAACUUGUGUCUGUCGUAUUUAUUUCUUGAACAUAGGAAAACUAAAGUGCCCAAGCAUGGCUGAAGUUAAAGCAAUAUAUAAAGAACGUGGGCAAUAUUUCCCCCUGAUGAAAGUUUUAUUUAUUUUAAUUGGUUUUAUUUAUGUUUACCCCAUCAUUGUGAUUUCAUUUCAUCCCUCCUGUGUGAGGAGGCUUUGUAAAAGCUGGUGUUGAUCUCGUGAUGAGACAAAAGAAAACAUAGUCACGCGUUAUUGUGAAAUGGAUCCACAUGAGGAGAUAUUUUGUUGUCACGGUUACACACGGCUCUAUUUACCGUAAGGCUGAGGGGGGAGUGUAUGAUUGUUUUUUUUAAUUGUUUUUUAUCGAUAUGUUAUAAACAAGCUCUGCGGUCAAGAUAUACGAUAAAAGUGUAAUUUUAAAAACAAUGAUAUACAUACACAAAUACGUACAUACACACACAAAUUGUAACAAACUGCUCAAAUAAUCAUGUAUUGAUCAAAUGUUUUAUUGGUCAAAAUAUCACUUGGUGUCUUUAUGAGAGGUGUAAAUAUUUAAGAAUAUUUUAUUUAGUUUUUAAGAUAGAAUUCUCAGUUUCUUGGCUAAUAUAUAUUUUUCACACGUUAAAAAAAGAAAUAAAAAAAUGCAUCUAGUCUUUCUCCUUCAAUAAAAAUCUUUUUAUAUACAAAUCCAGUCUGUAAAUAUGCGAAAUAUUAAUAUUGUUGUGAAACUUUUACGAUGUGUUCUACUUCACUGAAAAGUAGAUUGUCUGUCUCACUCUCCCAAGUUUCUACAUCACAUCGUGCAAAAGUUCUCCUGGACCACCAGCGGCUUCCAGUCGGUCACGCUCCGCUCCGUACACGUCUUAAUACUCUGGUUUUAAAGUGAGCGCAGAUCAACUCAAACUCUGCCAAGUGAAGGUCAAACAUGCGAACAAUAAGCAAAACACAUUUUAGUGGAGUGUGUGAGUGAGUGAGUGAGGGGGGGGCUUUAAAAGACACAGAAUGGUGAGAUUUACUUGACGUGAGGAUAAACGUGUCAUUGUGUAGACAUUACAGUGUCAUCCCACCUCCUGUUUGAUGUGAUAGUGGCUCAGGAGGAAGGUCGUGAAGGACGGGUCAUACGGGAGAGGAGGUGUGUGUGUGUGUGUGUGUGUCUGGAGGGGUAGGGCGGGCGGCGGAGACGAGCCCGAGAGCAGCGAACCCAAUCUCCCAUCAGAUCUUUGCUGUGACUAUCGUUUGAUGCUCUUCUCCUCCGUCUGCUCUCUGCAUGGCAUCCUGCCGGCGUGAGUGAUCUCAUGGAAUGCACAUGGGAUUCUUCCUCAGAAGACAUUCUGCCGAACUGCGCACUCGACUGCUCUCCCGCCCGGACGGGAGCCCCCGCGCGGGUCCAUUUUAAUGAAAUAGUAUGGAUACCUUCUUCUUUUUGUGUGUUGGAAAACGUACAUCGUGGGAUUCGGGAUGUGAUGCGAGGCGUCUUUCGAUGACGCACUGAAAGGCAACGGGGAAAAUGCGGACGCCGUCGUUAAUUUGGAUUCUGCACUUCAUGAACCUCACGAAAGGCCUCGAUGGCACGGGACGUAGUUCCUCCGCCGGCGGACUCUGUCCGGCAGGUUGUGCGACGUGCUCGGCCCCCAACGGAUGUCUGUCCUGCAUGCCUCGCCUCUUCUUCCACUUGGAGCUGGACGGGAUGCGUCAGCGGGGCACCUGUGUGUCCUCAUGUCCCCGGGGCCACUACGGCAAGCGCUCCCCACACAUCAGCACCUGCGCAAGGUGCAAGGGGGUCUGUGCUUCCUGUUUCAGUGAAAGCUUCUGCACACACUGUCACGCUGGUCACUUCCUGUUCCGGGGGAAAUGCGAGAGCAGCUGUCAAGAUGGGCUGAUGGCAAACGCAGCGCUGCGAGAAUGCACAGAGUGCUCUUUCGGCUGUGAGAUGUGUGUGAGCCGGGCCGUGUGUGCGGGGUGUAGAGAAGACCUCUUCGCUCUCCAGGGUCAGUGCCAUCUCACCUGCCCGAGGGGAUUUGAGCCCGACUUGCUGCUCAUGCAAUGCGUCCCACAAGUGCACUGUGAGGUUGGGGGAUGGACAGCUUGGAGUCCAUGCGUUCGCAAAAGGAGCCAGCGGGUCACCAGGAGGGGACAGGAGACGCGCAACCGACCAGUUCUGCGGCCUCCGAGCGUCUACGGUGACCCCUGCCCACAAGUGUCGGAAAUCAGGAAGUGUGUCAUCAAAAAGACACCAGAGCAGGUUGUGAUAAAUUAGAGAGCGGACUAUAGACUAUUUGUUUAUAUUGCAGAGAUAUUCUACUUGUUAUUGCACUUUUUACAUUGGCUGUUGUAAAUUGUAAAGAUGUUUUAAGCUAAGAGAUUUUUUCUAUGCAACCCAAAAUAAAGUAAUGAAAUGGG